AUGUCGAUUAUUGAAUAUUUAAGUGACAGUGAGAUGUUUGAGGAGCAAGGAGAUGUAGAUAAGACGCAGAAAAGAAUGAGAGAAGAAAGUGAAAGUGAGUGGACAGCCGUAGGACAGGGAAAAGAGAAAAAAUUAAAAGAAAGCGAAAAAAUUGAAGUUUACAUCUCAAGUAAAGAAAAAUUACCCAAACAGUUUUCUUUGGCUAGAAUUUUUAAAGAACAAAACAUUUCGGAUAUUAUUAGGGUAAAAUAUUUAAAUCCAUUUAAAGUCAGAAUAGAUAUAAUUAGCGAAAUAAGCGCACAAAAAAUCGAAGAAUGUCAGUAUUUCAAAGAUAAAAAUUGGCGAAUCCAGAAGGCGUUAGAAAGGAAUUUUUCUUAUGGAAUUAUAAGAGAUGUAGACUUAGAUUUAACGAAUGAAAAAAUUUUUGAAAAAAUUAGAUGUGACUUACCAGCUCAAUUAAUUUCCGCUUACCGUCUCAGUCGAAGGAAUCUGACAGAACCGGGGUGGAUACCCAGCGAAACUGUAAGGUUGUGCUUUAAAGGGGCUUUCAUCCCUGCAUAUGUAUAUGUUGAAGAAUUGAGAGUCAAAGUAGAAAAUUACGAAUUUCCAGUGACACAGUGCUCUCGUUGUUGGAAAUUUGGACAUCGUAAAGUUAGAUGUCCUUCUUUGAAGAUAGUGUGCCCGAAAUGUUCAAAAAAUCACGAAAAUUGUGAAAAUACAAUAUUUAAAUGUGUCAACUGUUUCGGUAAUCACAUGGCAUUGUCAAAAGUAUGCCCUAAAUUCUUAAAAGAGAAGAAAAUAAGAAGUUUAAUGUCUGAAUUUAAUUGUACCUACCGAAAAGCUCUUGAAACUUAUGUACCACCCGAGGUAUAUGAUCAAGAAGAGGAAAGAAAAGAAAACGAAGAAAGAAACGAAGAACAAGAAAGAAGUCGAGAAGGCGAACCUCUACUAUCUCAAACGGAAAACUUAAAUUGUCAAGAUUAUCCAACCCAAAAUAGUAUAGAAAUUUUAUUAGUUAAGCUAUUUAAUUGCGAUGUAAUAGAAAACAUAAUAUCUCUUUAUUGUCCACCUUCGGUCAACACCUGCCAACUUGACUGGGAGCAUUUAUUCGCGUUUUCAAAGAGUAAAACAUUAUUGCUUGGUGACUUUAAUGGUCACCACACAAACUGGUCUAAUAAAAUAGAUGCUAGAGGGAAGCAAAUUAUGGAUGCGUUAAUGUCCGAUAAUAGUUUUGUUACACUUAAUAACGGGGAUAUAACGAGAAUUAAACUUGUAAAUGGUGUGAUACAACAGUCAUCACCUGAUAUUUCGUUUGCUUCAACGGAUAUCGCUCUCAGAUUCGAUUGGAGGGUGUUGAAUGAAACCUUAGGAAGUGAUCAUUGUGUUAUAAAAAUUAAUGCACAUGUAAAAGCAGAACCGAAAUGUAUAGCUCGCAGGAAUUUUAAGAAAGCGGAUUGGAAUUCUUAUACUGAGUUACUUCAAACCUUAUAUUCUGACUUCAUUAUAUCCAACGAUUUACAACACGAUUACAAUAAUUUUAUAGACUACAUGAACAUUGCUGCUGAUAUUCAUAUUCCAUUUGUUAAAAUUUGUACAAAUCCUACAAGUAAUUUCUUGCCUCGCCCUUAUUGGAAUCAAAUUCUUUCAAAAUGUGUAGCAGAACGCCGUUUAGCACUGUCGCAAUUUCGCCGUAAUCCAACUCCUAAUAAUUUGACUUACUUACGGACUAAAAUACGUACUUCUCAAAAGUUAAUGCGCAAAUUUAGAUCACAGUCAUGGCAGGCUAUGUGUUCUUCUUUAAAUGAGUCAUCAACUCAAACAGAGGUUUACAAUAAACUGAAGUGGAUAAAGGGCUACAAAGCAUACGGUAAUUAUAUUGAUGUAGGAAAGGCCAAUGAAUUGUUAAAAAAUUUAGCACCAGAUUACGUACCCACUCACAAACAAUCAUUUUCAUCCAGUAAUAUCAAAUUAGAAUCAGUUAUAACUCUACAUGAAUUAGAAAAAAGCAUUAAAGUGAAGGACACCUCUCCCGGAUGUGACAACAUAUCGUAUUCAAUGAUGAAGAAUUUGCCGUUGAAUGGUAAAGUUUUGUUGCUUUCUCUCUACAACAAGUUCCUCAUUAAGUCAUUUGUACCCAUCCAAUGGCAAGAUAUCAGUAUAAUACCAAUACCAAAACCCGGACGUGAUACACAAAAUAUUUCCUCGCUGAGACCAAUUUCAAUGAUCUCAUGCGUUUGUAAGGUUUUUCACACCGUUCUACUUAAUAGAUUAGAAUGGUUCAUUGAGAGAAACCAUAUUUUACCUGAGACUAUUACAGGUUUCAGAAAAUGCCAUUCAACUCAACAUAAUCUUGCUUCUUUAGUCUCCAGAAUACAGUUAGGGUUUACAGAAAAAUAUAGUACGGUAUGCUGUUUCAUCGAUAUAGACAACGCGUAUAAUAACGUUGAUGUAAAUAGUUUAUUACAUACUUUGGAUAGACUAGGGGUAGGCACAAAAAUCUGCAAAUAUUUAGAAAACUUUCUGAGAAAUAGAAUCCUUAAAAUUCAAACAAAUAAAAAACAAGUUUGUAGAAGUACUAGUCGUGGAUUAGCACAGGGUGACCCUCUUUCGCCAUUACUAUUCAAUAUUGUAACUGCCUGUAUAUCUAAAAGCGCAAAUAACGUGCAUAUUUCUCAAUAUGCUGAUGAUUUCCUUUUCUAUGCAUCGCAUGAAAAUGUAUUACAAGCUGCUGAAAGAAUACAAAUAUCUCUAAAUCUAGUUUCAGAUAUUAUGUCAAAAAUAGGCCUAGAAAUUUCACCAAUUAAAAGCAAAGUUAUCAUUUUUAAAACUAGUAACAAAUCUUGCAAUAUCGAAUUAAAAGUUAAUGGAAUAUCAUUAGAAAUAGUAGAUCAUUACAAAUAUCUAGGACUUUGGCUUGAUAAAUCUUUAAGGUGGUCCAAGCACAUAAACGAAAUAAGUUCACAAUGGGGCAUACAUCCACGUCAUUUAAGACGACUUUAUACAUCUUUGGUCCGAAGUAAGUUAGAUUAUUGUUGUUUCCUAUAUGAUAACAGCGCGCAGAUACAUUUAAAAAAAUUAAAUUUAAUACAAAAUCAGUUUUUACGUAUCAUUGGAGGAUUUAUCAAAAGUACGGCAGUCCAUGUCAUGGAGUCUGAACUACACAUUGAACCACUUUUAUUUCGUAGAUAUUAUUUGGCAGGUAAAUUUUGGCUAAAAUGUAAAUCAACCGCAAAUAGUGAAAUUAUUAGGCUAGUAGAAGAGUUAAAAUAUGCUUGCCAAAGUCUUUAUUGGAGAAAUAAGAAAAAGCCUUUAUUAAUAACAAUCCACGAAUGUCUUAAAGAAAAUUAUGUUAAAGCUAGUAGUAAUUUAGAUAUGUUUAAUUUACAAACAUGGAUGACAAAUUUUGACCUAUGUAAAAUAAUACAACCAACCAUAGAACAAAUUAAAAAACCAAAAAAAAUAUAUGACUUUGAAAUAUUAAGAACUAUUUGUAAUGAUUCAAUACAGCAAAACUUUCCAAAUCACUAUUAUUUGUUUACUGAUGGAUCUAAAAACCAAAGCGAUGUUGGAGCAGCAGUGUUUGAUCCACAAAACGCAUCCUCCGUUAAAUUUAAAAUAGAUUGUAAUAUUUCCAUUAUGCAUGUAGAAUUAAUUGCCAUUGCGGAGGCUGUGUCAUAUAUUAAGAGUGUUGAUUACAGAGAUUUUGUAGUUUUCACCGAUUCGAGGAGUGCGCUUCAACAUAUUUCUCACUGUGGUUAUCCUGGUUUCCGGGGUGUUCCAAUUGCUUAUGACAUUAUAGAGACUAUAACCGAGCUCCACACAAACAAUAAAAAUGUUACGUUGCAGUGGAUACCUUCUCAUAUUGGCAUUGCGGAAAACGAAAAGGUUGAUAAAUUGGCUAGGGAAGCAGGGAUUGAUGGUAUACCUUAUCAGUGUUUACCUCUCUAUUCCGAUAUUUUAAUUAAGUUGAAAGCAAUUGUAAUAAAAUUUUGGCAGGAAUACUUCGACGAAAGAUCAAAAAGUAAAGGUAUAUGGUAUAGAACCAUACAGCCAACCUUAUGCAACCAUCCUUGGUUUCUUGGUGCCAAUAUGAGCAGAUCCGAAACUGUAACUGCCUUCAGGCUGCGAUCCGGACAUAUUCCGUUAAACAGCUUUGCUGCAUUAAUGGGCAAAUCUACAUCACCAACUUGUUUAGAGUGCGAUAAAAUAGAAGAUGUGUUGCACAUAAUGGCUGAAUGCGUCCGGAACGAAGCAGAAAGGGCAGAAUUUCUUGUAAGAAUUAAUGUAAAUACUUUUGAUACUGGCAUAUGGAAUAGUAUUCUUGCCUUUCCAACGUCUGGAGAGGCAAGAAUGCUAUACAGAUUAGUAUUAAUAGGUUUAAGACGUCGAUAUUUGUAG